AUGUCAGGAUCAAUCGAAGAUCAGUCAUUGAGUUUUUAUCUCAAAAGACUUACUAUCGUUCAAAUAUUUCUCGCUUAUGUAUUUCUUGUUACCGGUCUUUGUGUUAAUCUACUUCAACUUCUCUCAGCAUGUUUCAUAUGGCCAUUUAAUCGAGGCUUGUAUCGAAAAAUAAAUUAUCAUUUAGCAACAAUUAUAUGGAGUCCCAUGACAUUUGUCUAUCAAUGGUGGUCGAAUUCAGACUUGAUAGUUUAUAUUAAACCGGAAGAUUUAGAAAAAAUGCGUCAAGAAAAUUCCAUAUGGUUAGGUAAUCAUCGAUAUGAAGUUGACUGGUUACUUGGUUGGGUUGUUACACAACGGCUUGGAUUAGCUGGAGGUUCGAAAAUUCUUGGCAAACAAUCUCUUCGUCUAUUACCAAUAAUUGGUUGGUGUUGGUAUUUUACAGAAUCAAUAUUUCUACGACGUGUUUGGAGUUCCGAUAAAGCUGUACUUGAACGUGAUCUAAAACGACUUGUUGAUGAUUAUCCAAAAGAUUACAAUUUUACUCUAUUUCUAUCAUGUGAAGGAACUCGCUAUUCAAAUGAAAAACGUCUUGAUAGUAUGAAAAUCGCACGUGAAAAGGGUUUACCUGAAUUAAAACAUCAUAUUUUACCAAGAACGAAAGGUUUUGUCCUUAUUAUGAAAGGCAUUCAUCAACAUGUUACAGCAGUUUAUGACAUAACAAUUGCAUUUCAAACUCCAAAAAAUCCUGAAUUAUCAAAUCUUUUAAUUGGUCAACGAUGUCAAGCUGAAGGUUUUAUUCGACGUAUUCCAAUUUCAGAAGUUCCAUAUGAUGAUGAAGAAAAAUCUGCUCAAUUUGUUCAUAAACUUUUUCAAGAGAAAGAUCAAAUAUUUGAAUAUUUUUUACAACAUGGAACAUUUGAGGGUGCUGGAAAUCCGAAAGCAAUAGAUUUAAAGCGUAAAAAACAAGACUUAAUCAUUGAAAUUAGUUGUUUAAUUAUAAUUGGUUUACCAUCGAUUUAUUUAUUGAUAAAAUUUUUAUUGUUUGGAUCUAUUCUUUCACAAAUUAUUUUUCUUUUUAUUGUGAUGGCAGGUUUUGUUGGUGUUCGUCUAAUGGUUCAAACAUCAGCUCGACCUAAACUUGCUAACAAGUCCGCGAAGCAAGAAUAA